UGGCUCGGGCUCUGUGGGGCUCAGGGAUGGCUUUAGUAUUUCGGACUGUGGCACAAUUCGCUGGGAUCUCACUCUCUUUGCUGGGAUGGGUGUUGUCAUGUCUUACAAACUACCUGCCACAGUGGAAAAACCUCAAUCUGGACCUAAACGAAAUGGAGAACUGGACCAUGGGGCUCUGGCAGGCCUGUGUCAUCCAAGAGGAGCUGGGGAGACAGUGCAAGGACUUUGACUCCUUCCUGGCUUUGCCUGCCGAACUCCGGAUCGCCAGGAUUCUCAUGUUCCUGUCCAACGGGCUGGGGCUCCUGGGCCUGCUGGUCUCCAGCUUUGGCCUGGACUGCCUGAGGAUUGGAGAGACACGGCAGGGCCACAAGAAGGGGCUGCUGAUCCUGGGAGGGAUUCUGUUCUGGGCGGCCGGGGUUGCGGCCCUGGCUCCAGUGUCUUGGGUCGCCUACAAGACGGUCCAGGAGUUCUGGGAUGAGACUGUGCCAGAGAUCGUGCCCAGGUGGGAGUUUGGGGACGCCCUCUUUCUGGGUUGGUUUGCUGGCUUUUCCCUCCUCCUGGGAGGGGGCCUGUUGGACUGUGCAGCCUGCUUCUCCCAGGCUGCCCCAGCUCCGGGCCACCAUGCAGUGGCGGAAACGAGAUAUCACUGUGAGGACCGGCAGAUGAACAAAGCCCAUCGGAAAAUCUAAGCCAGAAAACAUCAGUGGGGUCCAUCCCUCAAAAGCAGAUCCCUCCUCUCUGGAUUUGGUAGGAUUUCCUGCUACACAGCCACCCAUUCACGGGGCUUUUAAUUUUCUAAAAUGCAUUUCCCUGUGGCUAUUCGCUUCGUAAAUUAUAAUUUCCUUCUAAGACAGUAAAAACACUUUUAUCUUUUAUUCUGAGAUCAAAACCACUCAAGACUUAAUAGUAAUCAUACUCAUUACUGUGGAUGAGUUUUCUCCGUUUUAAAAUAGAUUCGGUGAUUGCACAGAGCUGGUAAAUAAAACAUUAUAUUAGCACUUACGUA